AUGAAAAGAAUACGUGAGGAAGAACAACACAGCGAAAAAUGGCAGCGGGGGCCGCUUAUCGGAAAAGGCGGGGUUGGAUCAGUUUAUAUGGCGAUUUUCCAAAACCCCAUAACUUCUUGGAGAAGAGGUUUGCCUUUGGUCGUGGCCGUGAAAUCGACGCCGAUCUCUUCAUCGCGAGAGCUGGCAAGGGAGAAGAUGGUCUACCAUCAUCUGGGGAAGAGCCCCUUCAUCAUUCGGUGCUUCGGUGAUGAUGUCACCGUAGCCAAAAAUGGCAAAUUAUUCUAUAACUUGUUGUUAGAGUACGCUCCUGAAGGUGCGUUAUUUGACUUAAUCAUCACAACAUCCAACGGUUUGCCUGAGUCGCAAGCAAGGCAACUUUCAAGAUCCAUUCUGGGAGGGAUCAAGCACAUUCACGAAGCAGGUUUCGUCCACUGCGACUUGAAACCGGAGAACAUACUAGUUGCCAAAGCUAUAAAUGAUGGUCAACUAUUAACGGCAAAAAUAUCAGAUUUUGGAUUGGCAAAGAGGGCUAAACAAAGCAAGUGUAGUGUGGGAGGAACUCUAAUGUAUAUGUCCCCAGAAUCAGUGAGAGACGGGAUUCAACAACAGCCUUCUGAUAUUUGGGCUCUUGGGUGUAUUGUACUUGUAAUGUUGACUGGUAGAUUGCCAUGGGACGAGAGAUUACGGAGGCAGGAAAUUAAGAGGAAGAUUGCGACGGAAUCGCCCAUUAUUCCAAGCAGAAUUUCUAAAGAGGCUGAGGAUUUUUUGAGAAAGUGCUUUGUGAGGAAGCCAAGUGAGAGGCCGACUGCUCAGAUGUUGCUAAACCACCCUUUUGUGCGUGGAACUAAGAAGGUACGAGAUUGUAGACCAAGAAACAAGGUGGCAAAGACGGAUAAGAAGAAGAAUGAGAUGCUUCGUAAUGUUUCCAUUACUACAACUCUCCAGGGCCAUACCAAGGCAGUCACAUGCAUUGCGUUGCCUUCCACCGCCACCGGUGACAAGCUUUAUUCGGGAAGCAAAGAUGGAACUUUCCGUGUCUGGAAUUGCCAUACUGGAUUGUGUGAGAGGGUGAUCAACCUCGGUGACGAAAUUUCUUCAUUGAUUCACAGCGGUCCUUGGAUUUUCAUUGGUUGUCAAAAUCUUGUCAAGGCAUGGAACAGCCAAAUUGACAUUGGAUUCGAUCUAAGCGGACCACUGGGUCGAGUGUGCACAAUGGAUUUCGACAACGAGCAGUUAUUUGCUGGGACAGAGAGUGGGCAAAUAUUAGUCUGGAAAUUUAAUUCUGAAAGUGAAACCGCCAAUCCCUUUCAACCAGCUAUCACUCUUGAAGGCAACACUCAUGGAGUCGUAUGCAUAACCAUUGGUUGUAAGAUGUUAUACUCUGGUUUUAGAGAUGGUACAAUAAAGACAUGGGAUCUUGCUACUUUACAAUGCCUUACAACCGUGAAGAGACAUUCUAGUGCAGUGACGUCACUCGCUUGCUGGAAUAAUUAUCUGCUGUCUUGCUCAUUGGAUGGCACAAUAAAGACAUGGGGUUAUACGCAAGAAGCAGGCGGCUUGGAAGUAUGCUAUACACACAAGCAGGAACAGGGUUUUUUGGCGCUUGGUGGGAUGAAUAUACCCGUGAUGCCGAAUCAAGGAAAAAGGCAUGAUAUUUUGUUUUGCUCGUGUGAUGAUCAUUCUGUCCAUAUAUAUGAACUACCAUCGUAA